AUGGCGCCUAAAAAGAAAAGCUUAGUCUGGAAUUUUUACGACAGAAUUGAUGACAAUAAAUCUAAAUGUAAGUUAUGUCAAAAAGUUAUCAAGUGUUCUGGAAAUACAACAAACUUAUUUGGGCAUGUUCGCAAUGUCCACAGGGCUGCUUACAUUGAAAUUUUUCCAUUUCAAAGGACUACAUCGGAGAAGGAAAGUAUCACGCAAUCAGUUCUAGAGCCAGCUGCUUCAAGUUCCAAUGCGACACCUUGCAUUGGUAUUGUUGAUGAACUUAAAUCAGUUCAAUCUGAUUCCAAAACCGUUAUUUCUUCGACGAGUAGUUCUCAAAGUACGUCAAAACCGUUGGUUAAAGCUUUAGAUUCUGACUCUGAAGUAAUCCCUAUAAAACGUCAAAAAUCUAUCAAGACCAGUUUUCAAGAAAUCUCCUCUUAUUCAGAAUCCGGCAUGAAAACAAGAAAAGUUAACAAUUGUUUGUUAUAUAUGAUUUGUAAAGAUUACCAGCCUUUCUCAAUAGUCGAGAAUGAAGGUUUCAAAAAUCUUAUGAAAGCAGUUGCUCCUCAAUAUAAAAUACCAAGUAGAACAAGUCUAAGACGAUGGUUGGAUAAUAAAUAUGAGGUUGUUUCAGAAACUUUUAAAAAGAAAUUGUCUUCGAUAGAAGACUUAACCUUGACGACAGAUAUUUGGUCUGAUACAUUAAAUAUGAAAAGUUUUAUAGGCGUAACUGCUCAUUUUGGAAUAGAAAUUGAACUCAUUUCAGUUACUCUCGGCGUGUACGAACUCGAUGAAAGACAUACGUCACAAUAUAUUUCUGAAAUGCUUUUUAAAACUUGUGCAGAAUGGGGCAUUAAAAAAGAUAAUGUGACGGCUGUUGUAACCGAUAAUGCUGCCAAUAUGGUGAAAGCUGUAGAAUUGACGUUUGGUAAGAAGAAACACAUUCCAUGUUUGGCUCAUACGUUAAAUUUGGUGGCUGAGGGCACAAUGGCAUGUACUGAGUGGCAAAAAAUUGUUACUAAAAUUAAAGCAAUCGUGACCUGGUUCAAACAAAGUUGCGUUGCUAGUGACGAAUUGCGCAAAGCUACUUCUACUGAGACUAAACUUAUACAAAGCGUACCGACGCGCUGGAAUAGUACUUACUACAUGGUACAAAGAUUUUUAGAACUGCGGAGUGUCAUAAAUGAUAUUCUUUUUCGACACGCCACCGCACCCCCAAUGCUCAGCAGUUCAGAAAUAUCCAUUGCCUCAUCCGUCCUCCUGAUAUUGCGGCCUUUGGAGGUAGCCACAAAAGAAAUUUCUGCAGAUAAAUAUUGCACAACCAGCAAAAUUAUACCUUUAGUCCGCUGCAUAUUUUCCAAAAUUACUUCAGCAGUUGUCGCAGAAGAACCUGUGGCACGAGAAGUGCAAAAACUGGCUCUGCAAGAAAUUACGAAAAGAAUGGGUUCCAUUGAACAUGUAACUCCUCUUGCUAUAGCAACCAUUUUAGACCCACGUUUUAAAAAAAUUCACUUUAACGAUGCAAUAGCUUGUAGCAAUGCUGUAUCGAAAAUCAAAGAUUUAAUGAAGAUUCAUUUGCGUCAAAUUGAAGAAAUCGAGUCAGACUCUGAUAAGUCUGAUAAAAGUGAAGAGACAUUUUCAUUAUGGAGUGAUCAUUACAAACUGGUACAUCGCAAUUGGAAGAGUAAUAAAUCUGAAGAUAGCUUGUCGGAUGAACUUUCAGUUUACCUGACAAGUCCUGUUGGAAGACUUAACGACAAUCCUCUAGAAAUUUGGAAAGACUACAAAAUACAGUUUCCAAUAUUGCAUAAAAUUGCCUUUAAAUAUCUAACAAUGGUGGGCACAUCAGUGCCAUCAGAGAGACUGUUUUCACAAGCGGCGCAGGUAAUGACUCAACAAAGGAAUAGAUUAAAGGGUAAAAGAUUGGGUAAAAUUUUGUUUUUACAAAGUAUAGAUAAAAACUAUUGGGAUAUGUAUUAAAAAUAAAUGUAAAGGUAAUAAA